AUGGAGGACUCUAUUCCGACUCAUCCCAUGGGCAUCAAACCUUUGGGAAACCAGUACUUCGCGUCGGGCCCAGUUGCUCGACAGUCUCUAGGUUCCAUGGGUCUCUUGCCGGAUGAGAUGAUCUUGCACCUGUUUGAAUACCUCGAUACGCAGUCACUAAGGAACAUUGGAUUCACAUGCCGAUUUUUAUUCGCCUUCAGCCACUUGGAUGACUUGUGGAAAACCCUAUUUCUUGAAGAACAAAGCACAAACCCUGGAAAGCCCUGUUGGAAGGGCUCCUGGCGAAGCACCCAUCUGAACAUAGCUCCCGAGCAGCAGGCGAGGCUUGAUUGCAGCAACGUCUUCUCAGAUGUGCUGCACCGGCCUUUUGCUUGUGUCCACGUUGCUUUGGGCAAAUACUCGUCCAGCAUCCCAGAGGCAAACGAUAUCGACCGGCUCGAAAGGCUCAGCUACGACGAGUUCGCGCAGAGCUGGAGCAACAAGCCAUUCAUACUGACUGAAUGCAUUCAAUCUUGGCCAGCAUUUCGUGACUGGAGCAUUCAGGAGUUUCACAGGAGGUAUUCUGAUGUGCAAUUCCGAGCCGAAGCGGUGGACUGGCCAUUCUCGACUUACCACGAAUACAUGCUCAACAGCAACGAUGAGAGCCCGCUGUACCUGUUCGAUCGAGGAUUCGCGGAGAAGAUGAAUAUCGAGAUCGGACAGAGUGAACUAUCGACAUAUUGGCUACCUGACUGCUUUGGUCCCGACUUGUUCGAGCUACUCGGUGCAGAGCGACCAGCCCACCGCUGGCUCAUUGUCGGUCCCGAGAGGAGUGGUUCGACUUUUCACAAAGACCCGAACGGCACAAGCGCGUGGAAUGCGGUGAUCCAAGGCUCGAAAUACUGGAUUAUGUUCCCUCCGUCGACGCAAGUUCCCGGCGUGUAUGUCUCAGAGGAUAGCAGCGAGGUGACCAGCCCGCUCAGCAUAGCCGAAUGGCUGCUCGAGUUUCACUCCGAGGCGCGAGCGCUUCCUACCUGUGUUGAAGGUGUCUGCAGCGCGGGCGAGAUCCUGCAUGUUCCUAGCGGCUGGUGGCAUUUGGUUGUAAACCUAGAAGCUGGCAUAGCUCUCACACAAAACUUUGUGCCCAAGUCUCACCUCACGGAUGUUCUCUGCUUCCUCAAAGACAAACCGGAGCAAGUCACUGGAUUCAAGAGGGGCAUCGAGAGCCCCUAUGACCUGUUCGUGGAGCGGCUUAGGGCCAACUAUCCGCAGCUUCUCGACGAAUCGACCGAGGAAAUGUCCCUGAGGAGUCAGACCAAGAAGCGGAAAUGGGAUGAGGCAGUCGGCAGCAAAAAUGAGGCGGAAAGUGGAAAUGGGGGUUUCAGCUUUGGCUUCGCAGACGAGGAAGAGGAGGAUAUACCCUAG